AUGAUUAUUCCCAUCCGCUGCUUCUCGUGUGGAAAGGUUAUUGCCGACAUUUGGGAGCGCUACAUGAAACUGCUCGAAGAGGAUGUGCCCGAUGGUGAGGCCAUGGACAGAGUCGGCGCAAAGAGGUACUGCUGUCGACGCAUGCUCAUGACACACGUCGACUUGAUUGAAAAACUCCUUCAGUAUGCGAAACAGUCUCUCCUGAAGCAGUAUCACAACUUCUCUACAUGCGCAUUGGCUGACAGUUUUCGUGUCCGUUAG